AUGUGCGAGGAGACCAUCACUUGCGACAUGGAGAAUGUCACUAAAGCGGUUGAGCGACGUAUUGGUGACGAACUCCCCGAAAAAAUCGGGAUCGUCCUCGACGGUGUGACGCCUGGCAGCGAGCACUACCUCGCAGUGUUUGCGUGCUACGAGCUCAAUGGUGUCCGCCAAGCUUCACGGCUAUGCAUAGCUCCGAUCAUCAACGGCCCGGAUGACAGCCUCAACGCGGAAAGCCAUAUGGCUGCACUCUCGGCAUUUUACCUUUUUUCG